AUGAGACCCAAGGAGGGUGCUCGCGGGAGAAGGACAAAAAUGAAAAGGGGUGACGGGGUGAAGAGCGGCCGAGGCUUUGAUGACAGCUCGGAGUGGGUCUUCGACUCGCAGGGGCCCGCGAGACCCGGGAACCCUCCAUUGUGCGCGCCCCUCCACCCCACUCCAUUCCACUCCCCACUCCCCUCACCUCCUCCCCUCCCCGCCGCGCCCGAGCCCGAGCCCGAGCCCGAGCCGGAGCCCGAGCCCUCGCAGCUCCGGGCCGCAGCACCCGUCGUCGCCUGUUCCCCCGCUUUGCCCGAGUGGUUACCAGUGACUCAGGAACUGAGCUUCCGAAAAUUUAUAGAACAAUCUGAUUUACUAGAGGAACUUAAAUAUGACUUCAAUGAAAAAGCUGAAUUGAGACACACUGAGACACAUAAGCCUUUUGUCUUUAACUAUUAUAAAAAUGUCCUGGAGAGGAAUAGCAAGCGCUACCAGGCCCUUGGCCAUUUGCUUGAACAAUACAUUUAUGAACUUUUGGAAAAAGUGUGCAAAUUACAAAAAGUAUAUAUCCCACCAGAGGCUGAUAAGGAACCAAGAAGCUUCUUUUUCAUGAGUGAGAGAGCAUUAACAAGUCAUCAUUCUGCUCUUCUCGUCCUUCUUCAGGACCGUGGGGUCUUUAGAGCUGGUCAGUGGAGUCAGCAGGCAGUAAUACAUCAUGGUCUCCAACAUGGAAGUCAGAUACCAUGUAUUCAAAUGGCAUUGCAGGCACAUUAUGAUGUAAUUGUGCUAAACCCCAACGACAAUUUUGUGGACCUGCAGACAGAAAAAGAGUGGAAAGGCCUUUUAACACAAAAUGUUGAGUCUCCUUCCAGAAAAAUGGUUCAGACUGAGAGCUUUUUAUCUCUCCAGCAGUCUCUCCAAUGUAUUCCAAAAAGAUGCAGCAACACUCCUGAAGAACACAUGGCUUAUAUUUGGGAUUACUUCAUUUCAAAGGCUGAAGGCAAGGAUGUUGCCUUCCUUGUACAUGGUUAUGGAGGCUUGGUUUUUAUGGACUUGCUUGUUCGUAGAAAGUGGGAAGUAAUGAGCAAAGUAUAUGCUGUUGCACUUAUUGACUCUGAACAUCACGUAGGACACCAGCUGGGGAGUGACAUCCAGUUAUUAGCAUGGAUAAAGCACCACUGCCGUGAAUGGGUGACAAGUCCAAAGCCUUUGGAUAAACCUGCAGCUACUGUUUUGAAAAAGGAGUUUCCCACGGUUUCUGCUGGUACAGAAGAACACAACUUAGCCCCUUCCUCUAGCCUUCAGUCAAUUUUUAAAUACUUCAGAAAAUCUUUGAAAGCCAAAGCAGCUAUUAAUUUCUCUCGAGUGCCCAUAGUAACUAGAAGCUCCACAAAAAGAAAGCAAAGUGCUUAAGUUACUUUUUUGCCAUCUAAGAUUGUUUUGUCCCACUGAAACUUUGCUAAUGUAGAUGCUAGAAGAAAAAGAAUACUUCCAACUCAUAGGCAGUAUGUUCUGGCUUGAAAUUUGAUUUGUUA